AUGCCAGAAGCGGCGGAGAUUGAACUAACCCUAACCCUAACCCUAACCCUAACCCUAACCCUAGCAACGGGGAAAAAGAACUGGGUGAACGUCAUAGGCGAGAUCGUGGAAGCUUACAACAACUCGUUCCAUGCCACCACCAAGCGCCGACCGAUAGAUGUCGCUAGUGGCCUGCAAGACCCAGAGCAGCGAGAGCAGAUCACGUUCAAACCCCUUGAUAUCGGGACCAGCGUCAGGACGCUCUUCAACCGUAAGCAGUUCUCGAAGGGGUACGAGGCGCGAUGGACGAAGAAGAUCCAUAAGAUCACGGGGAGAAAGGGGAACCGAUAUUUCGUCAAUGAUUCCGAAGAACGUUCGUUCAAGGAGAGCAAGCUCCUUGUUGUCGAAGGGACGGUCCCCCUCAACGCGCGCUGCAGGGGUUUGCAUCGAGAAUCCGACGAGUUCCGCACAGGCAAGAGCGACCUCAUGGUUACCCAAGUCAUGGCCCCUGACGUAGACACAGUACGACAGAGAGUAGAUGAAUGGGCGAUCGAGUGGUAUCGCACAGUUAUGGAGCAUUCCGCGGAGAACAUGCCUCAACUCCACGGGUACAAAUGGGAAUUCGCAUCGAUUGACUUCAUAUUCAACCCGGAUGGCUUCAAGUGGGAGACGCGGAAGUUUCCUUGGGCCAAAUAUAUGAACAUCGUGGAGAUCCCCCCAAACGAUCUGGACCACUUCACAGAGAUGCGCAUGCAGAAAAGCAGAGAGGAAGGCAUCUUUGCACCUGUACCCAUCAAAGUCCCGAUCAAAACCCGAAGAAGACAAAAGACAACAAAGGCACCGAGGACUAAGGCACAGAGGACAAGGAAAACGAAGGCUCAGACCCACAGGAAAACGAAGGUGCAAGUUAUAGCAACCAAUCCUGACAAGGAAUCUUUGACGAGGCUCUUCGAGAACAAAACUCAAGGCAUCGUGGUCUAUGACCGGGCAGACAAAGAUGAUUUGCGAGAGCAGAUGCAUCUGAUCGCGCGAGGUACGGUGGUAUCUCCUAUGGUGGAAACUCAACGCAACACGGAACACCUCGUGUACAACGAACAUCUGACAAUCAGGAUCUGCGAGGAUCCGCAGAUGUGCAUGCAGAUCGCGUCGGACCUAGGACUAAAGUACCUCGGUCAAGGUACGUCAGCGAUGGCGAUGGAGGCGUUCAAGUCCUUCGCCAAAAUUGAACAGAGCGCAUAUUUCGAGUCGGUAUGGAAGGCAAUCCGUAGUGACCGUUUCUUGCGAUGCGCCGUCAACGUGAAACCCGAGGUACUCGAAGUGCCUACCCCAGAUUCAGAGACCAAAAGAGUCACACGUUUCCUGGACGCGACGCAGGUGGACUUCGAAUUCAGGGCAGAAGAUCAUUUGGACGAGAUCGUCUCCAUCGACAUUCAAACAAUUACCCCACGAACGUAG